AUGCCGAAGCUUUACCACGCCGUGCCUCUGGACGAGGAGCAGCAACGUCUUAACGGAUCAUUAGAAAAGGAGACGAGAUUCCUGUCGACUAGGGAAGACAGGCAACUGCUUGGGCUGCUGGCCAAGCACUGGAUGUGGCUUGGCCAUGCUGUGCUGCUGUCAAUGUCAUUGACCCUAUUCACACUCUCCUUCUGCCAGCGAACAGCGAGGCCAUCAGAUCUGACUGUCACAGAACAAUUCUCAUCAUACUCGCCUGCUGCACCUGCGGUGAAGUAUGACACGGUCAGAUACAACCUCACGCCGGUGGUGGACGGUCCGUACGUUGGGUACGGGCCAGAGGUGGACGCAAUGUGGGAUCACAUCUCAGACAUGGGCGAUCAGAUGAUCUCAGAGGAGGAGUUGGACCGCCUCGGCCUUCCGAGGAACUCACUCAAGAUCAAGGACCCAGUGACGGGCGUCGAGGGCUACAGAGCAGCCGUGGAGGUCUUCCAUCAGCUGCACUGCCUCAACUUGCUCCGGCAGUUCCGCCACAAGGAGUACUACAAGGACAUUUACAGCGAUAUCCAGGAGGAGGAGGAGGGUCUCAUGGGCCACGUCGAUCAUUGCAUAGAAGCACUGCGCAUCAACCUGAUGUGCACCGGCGACAUCGGUAUCUUCACCUUCCGCGAGUACCCGGAGUAUGGCUAUGAAGAAGGCGACUUCUGGCCGGAUUUCAGCACGCUGCAUACCUGCAGGAACUUCGAAGGGAUUCGUUCAUGGGCCGAAGACCAUGUUGUCUCGUGGGUGCACGAGGUUUGA